UUCUGUUGCACCAUUUGGUUGCUGUAAGAGCUUUAUUUUGUAAAUCUGAGCGGAUAUAGUAGGUUUUAAUUUCUAGUCUGGCAGUCUUGACAUUGGUGACAAAAGCAACUGUGCGCUCCUUGGUGCCUGCACAUCCAGCAGCCACCAGGCACUGAGAAUAAAGAGAGGAGAGAGAGAGAGAGCACCCAGAGGACCUAUACAAUUUUAAUUAAAAACUUGUGUCUCCUAAUUGAAAGAAGAAUUCCAGAUGAAAAAAAAAAAAAUGGAAGAUUUGGGAAAAGUGUUUCUAUGCACCUACAGCAGGUCUGCAGUCCUGUUUGACUCCUCCUGGCUGAAGUGGAAGAGUGGAACGUUUCGGUGCGUAAUUGGAAUCGUGCGUAAUUCCUGAUGCUUCUGUCUCUCUGGUAACUAUGGGCGCCAACAUUCUGGAAUCCAACUCCAGCGGCAACUUGACUCCCUCUGUGUCCGAGGCAGGGAGCGUCCUGCCGGGCUACCUGGCGGUGAUCCUAUCGGUCCUCAUGGUGACUCUGGUUGUCGUGGUGGUGGCUGGCAACGCGCUGGUCAUCAUGGCUUUCAUUGUGGAUAAAAGCCUGAGAAAUCAAAGCAACUACUUCUUUCUCAACCUGGCCAUAUCUGAUUUUCUCGUGGGUGCCUUCUGCAUCCCGAUGUACAUCCCGUACAACCUGACAGGCCGCUGGAUGCUGGGUAAAGGGCUCUGCAAGGUGUGGCUGAUUAUGGACUACCUGCUCUGCAGCGCUUCAGUCUUCAACAUUGUCCUCAUUAGUUAUGACCGCUUCCUGUCAGUCACAAGAGCAGUUAAAUACAGAGCACAGCGACACAUGACCCGCCAGGCUGUGAUCAAGAUGGUGGCGGUAUGGGUGUUGGCCUUCCUCCUCUACGGCCCCGCCAUCAUCUUCUGGGAGACGAUCGUCGGCCAGAGCGUCGUCCCGGCUCACGAGUGCUUCGCCGAGUUUUACUACACCUGGUACUUCCUGCUCAGCGCUUCCACCUUCGAGUUCUUCACCCCGUUCGUGUCCGUGGCCUUCUUCAACCUCAGCAUUUACCUGAACAUCCAUCACAGGACCAAGAACGCGGGCGCCUGCGCCGAGGACGACGACGUCGUCAAGACGCAGAGGAUCAGCAAGAAGCACAAGGACGGAGCCUGGAUGGUGUUUUUUGUGAAGACUCGCAAGGUGUCGUCCAGCGAGCCCACUGCGAUCUCUGCGGUUAUCGAGGACGACGAUGUCCUGUCGCCGUCCUCCUGCGGCGGCGACCCUAAUAACAGUCAGAUAUUCAUGCAGAGGGAGAGGUUCUCCCCCGACAGAAAAAACUCUAGGCUGUUUCAGCACACGGCCUCCUGCAUGGCGCCCGGUCGUAGGACACAGGCAGCUCGUCUGUCUCGAGACAAAAAGAUUGCCAAAUCUCUGGCCAUCAUUGUGUGCAUUUUUGGGAUUUGCUGGGCUCCUUACACUCUGCUCAUGAUUAUCCGUGCCGCCUGUAGCGGCGCGUGCGUGGCGAACUACUGGUAUGACAUCACGUUCUGGCUCCUGUGGCUGAACUCCGCCAUCAACCCGUUCCUUUACCCGCUGUGCCACAGCAGCUUCCGAAGGGCUUUCUCAAAGAUACUGUGUCCAAAGAGACAAUCAGUCCAGCCUCAGAUUGAGGCUCAGUCCUGUUAGAAUUGCACUUCCAUGCUUUUAUGAAUGCAGUAGCUGUUGUUGGUCAAACACUGUAAAAAUCCAUAUAAUGUUCUUCCAUCGAAAAAGAGACAUGUUUGCGCUAAAGUGAAAGCAAUACGACAAAUCAACGUGCGAGAAAAAAAGAAGUGCAGUUAUAAUAUUCACAGACAAUCUUCUUUAAAGAGGACAGGAAGGAGGGACGUGGUGGUUUAAGCUUUCUCACCACUCACUUCUUUAUGUGCUCAAUGCUGUGAAAUGAUGACUUGUGCAGCCAGAUAGAAGGUGAUGAUUAUGAUUUAGUCUCAGAUAUUAUAAGAGAACUACAGCACCGCCGAGUUGUUAAAUUACGGUCUGUCUGCUUGAAAGCACAGCGGAGGGAGACAGCUUCUCACACUGCCGCUGUGACGACAAAAACCUUUCAACUCCUAUUUAGAUCAAAUUGAUGUGAAGGUUUUUAUGUUUUAUAAAGUUUCAUAACCUCUCUGCACAUGAAACCCUUUCAAAAUAUGUCGCUGUUGAUUUGAAACAGAAGGCCUUUUUUUGCUCAUGUCCUCAAAAGGAUGCUUUGCAAAUCCAAGCUUUUUCAUCGUGCAGCAAUAGGAUGACAAAUGUGGAGUCGUCAAAGUUCAAAGCACCUGAAGAGAAGAGGAGAAUAAGCUGUAUUUGUUUACUGUGUGCACUAUCUGAGAGGUGGGCGAGGGGCAGCAGCAGGAGGGGGGGAAUCAGCUGUUAUCUGCCAUCACUGAAUCUGCACUUAAUAAAAAAAAAGGUGUUCUUGUUGAUGUUAAACGAUGUACAGCACUAGCAGCAUUAAACCUUUUGUACUAUAGUAUCUAUGCCAAGCUAGAUGGUUGUGUUCUUUAAGUGCAGUAUUUAUUCAAAGACUUGACUGGUUUAUAUGCCACCCAAACUACUUGACUAACUUUGUAUCUUGGCUCUGAAUGUGUGUUGGUGUAAGUAGCCAAAGAAAGAAUAAAAAGAAGACUGCCUACA